AACUUGUAAGCUGUCAAAAAGAAAAACAAUCCGCAAAUUCAACGAUUUCCAGCGUCUUUUGAUAAUCGUAGAGCGAAUGGGAUUAAUUUUUUGAUAAAAUAGCAUUGUAUGUUGAAUUCCUCAAUAAUUUAGUAUAUAUUUUUCUACCAAGAGUGCGUGGGUAGGAUAUCAACAGUACCAAUCAUUAAACCACAAUGGCCCUCGCUAAACCAAAAUCCGAGCUGACGCCGGAAGAACUCGCCCGCCAGGAAGAGGAGGAAUUCAACACCGGUCCGCUCUCCGUUUUAACUCAGUCGGUCAAAAACAACACUCAGGUCCUCAUCAACUGCCGCAACAACAAAAAACUGUUGGGUCGCGUUAAAGCCUUCGAUCGGCACUGCAACAUGGUUCUGGAGAAUGUGAAGGAAAUGUGGACCGAAGUCCCGCGGACCGGCAAAGGCAAGAAAAAAGUCAAGCCCGUCAACAAGGAUCGUUUUAUUUCGAAGAUGUUCCUGCGAGGCGAUUCGGUCAUUUUGGUGCUUCGGAACCCACAAGCGACAGCAGCCGGAAAGUAAUUUUAAAGUAGAAUUAAGGACUCAUUCAAAGCGAUACUUUCAAUAAACGUGUAUUUCCAUCCCUUGAA